CACACACACACACUCGUGCGCAACUGGCAUUUGGCACACUGAUGAGUUGGUGCGCGUCUGCUACUGCACUAGAUGGAAAAAGAAAACUAGUGAAGUAGGAAUCUUUUUGUAUUGGAUUACUCAAUUUAUUCUUGGAUGUAUUUCAGAAAGAAAAGACCAGCACGGAUUAUUUGAAGAGAAAAGACAUUCAAGGGAAUAUGCAACAGGAAUGAUUCGUGUUCGAUGAUCUGCCUCGUUUACGCACAAAAAAAAGUGAUCAUUUCAUUAAUUCUUCAACAUCCGAUCAGACAGUUUAAUAAUCAUGGCUCAUCUCAUACAGCACAAGAUUUCCAGUAAAGUGAUGAGUAUAAUGAGCAGCGCGUCUCAGAAAUCCGAGGUGAAGGUGAGCCGGGUGUUUGCGCGCCUCGGCUUCCAGGCGGCCACUGAUGAGGAAGCUCUGCCUUUCGCUGAUCGUGAUGGCCUGGAUUACGAUUACAGACAUGGCAUGAGAAUGGACGAAGUCAGGACGAGCGGGGAAAGAGAUGGAAUGGUGGCGGAAGACAGUCAUUACCAAAGACACGACACCAGCCCGUCAGGAUCCCGGAGAAACAGCGAGGCGCACGGAGCGCAGGACAAAGCGAAAAUCACAGCAUGGGAUGCGGGCUGGAACGUCACCAAUGCGAUUCAGGGUAUGUUUGUCUUGGGCCUCCCCUAUGCCGUCCUGCACGGUGGCUACCUGGGCCUCUUUCUCAUCAUCUUCUCCGCUGUGGUGUGCUGCUACACAGGCAAGAUCCUCAUUGCGUGCCUCUACGAGGAGAACGAGGAAGGAGAGCGUGUACGCGUGCGUGACUCAUAUGUGGACAUCGCGAAUGCUUGCUGUGCGCCACGCUUCCCUGUGCUCGGUGGCCAUUUUGUGAAUGUGGCGCAAAUCAUUGAGCUGGUGAUGACAUGCAUCCUUUAUAUGGUCGUCAGUGGCAACCUGAUGUAUAACAGCUUUCCGGGCUUGCCCAUGUCACAGAAGGCAUGGUCAGUGAUUGCCGCGGCAGUGCUCAUGCCGUGCGCCUUCCUGCGCAACCUGAAGGCUGUUUCCAAGUUAAGCCUGCUGUGUACAAUUGCACACUUCAUCAUAAAUGUGAUGGUGAUUGCCUACUGCCUGUCACACGUGCAGGACUGGGCGUGGGACAAGGUCAAGUUCUACAUUGAUGUCAAGAAGUUCCCCAUUUCUAUUGGCAUUGUUGUUUUUAGCUACACAUCACAGAUUUUUCUGCCCUCACUUGAGGGCAACAUGCAGAAGCCUGCUGAGUUCCAUUGCAUGUUGGAGUGGACACACAUCGCUGCAUGCAUCCUCAAGGGCCUGUUUGCCCUUGUAGCCUACCUCACAUGGGCCGACGACACAAAAGAGGUGAUCACAGAUAACCUGCCGCCUGGCAUACGGAUGUGGGUGAAUAUCUUUUUGGUGGCUAAGGCAUUGCUCUCCUACCCCUUGCCCUUCUUCGCUGCUGUAGACAUCUUAGAGAAGUCCCUCUUUCAAGAUGGAGAUGGGACCCCAUUCCCAAACUGUUAUGGCACAGAUGGGAGGCUUAAGUCCUGGGGUCUUGCAAUGAGAAUUGGGCUUGUUGUUUUCACCCUUCUCAUGGCGAUCUUUGUCCCGCACUUUGCUCUGCUCAUGGGCCUUACUGGAAGUCUCACUGGUGCUGGACUGUGCUUCCUGUUGCCCUGCUUAUUCCACCUGAAGCUUCUCUGGCGCAAGCUUCUGUGGCACGAGGUCUUUUUUGAUAUCUCCAUCUGUAUAAUAGGAAGUAUAUGCAGCAUCUCAGGGUUUAUUUACUCCACUGAAGGGCUCAUUGAAGCCUUUAAGUAUAACACCCCAGAUUAAGAUACUAUAGAUUUUCUCAAAUGCUAAUGCAAUGCUCCUUGAUUGCAGAUAUGACCAUGUUAGGGAUGUGUUUAAUUAAAAUCAGUCUAUGUACAAAACAAUUAAACUAAAUAUUUAUUUCUUGUUAAAGAUUGUUGUGAUAGUUUGAUUGUCUACUUGUUGUUUCAUUAAUAACUCCUUAGCAAUAAAUAACUAAGCCAAGAAAUGUUGUGAUGAGUGCAGAUCCUGCAUAAAUGCCUUGUGUACAAUCAUUUCCAGGGGAAAUAAAAAUCAACAUUGAGCAUUAGGAAAGUAGUAUUAGUGAUGAUAGAAAUUAGUAAAACCCAUAUUCAGGUUUAGAGAACCUGAAUACAGCAUUAAAAAUCAAAGACCAUCAGGCCAUAGAUAGUGACUUUUUAAAACACCAGUUACUGGUUAUUUUUAUCAAAUGUGUUCAGAUUUUUCUGAAGUAAAUGUACAUGAGUAGAAUGAGAAUGACAAAUGACAUGGAUCUCUGAGAUUUUAUUUAGAGCGGAGAGGAAUCCAAGCAACAAAUGAGCAGAGUUAACCAAAUAUUUAGUGUCAGAAACUCUCAGUAAAUUUUUCUAGUAGAUCAUAUUUUAUUUUUCUCCCCAUUUUUAUAUGUUUAGUUAUAUUGUUUCAUAUUCAGUGUGUGUGUGUUCAUGAUUGAAACUGCAGUGCAGGUUGGGCUGUGGAAAAGUGACAGAGUUGUGUGUUUAAUGUAACCCAAACUUAGGAUGGCCUUGUUGUGCAUUCAGAAUGUGUACAAGAAUAAAGAGAGUGUACACCCUGAAGAUAUCCCUGAAAUCAAUAAAUUGAAUAUUUGUUUAA